AUGCCACGAGCUAUUAGAGGCGUCCUUGUGGAGUGCGAUCCUUCUAUCAAAUCCAUCAUCAUCAAAAUAGAUGCAGAUUCAUCGCAUGCAUAUAUUGUCGAGGAUCUAGAUGAUGAGACUCUGGUCAUCAAAGAGAACAUGUUGGGAAUGUUGAAGACCCGUCUAGAGGAAGCACUCAAGGAGACCCAGGACAAAGGUACUGGCGUUAAGACGGGUAAUCAUGGCGUUAUAGGUGAUCAGACUGGGAAGUAUGCCUUCGAUUCUGGGGUUGGUAGAAUUGAAGAUAUCAAAAAUCGGGCAUCAUCAACAUGA